AUGAGGAGGACAAGACCUACAAGUCCGGCUGUAGAUGGUAAUGGAUCCUCAGGCAGGCGAACGCUACCGGUUACACUGGCACCGUCGGGCAACGUUGUAACGACAAGCAGAAGGCCUCACAGAUCCGCAACAACAGCAUCGGAUGAAGCGGCUACUUAUCCGAGGACGCAGUUGACAACUCCUCCGCCGCAUUUAAGGUCUACAGGAGGCGGUGCUGAGACAGAGCAGACGAAAACAUCUUCAGCCAUGAGGAGGUCAAGAAGUAGAGAACAACCAAGUUCAAUUCCAGUGCCUACAGGAGAAACUUCAGCCGCUGCUGCAGCAACCGAAGGGGAUUCUCAGCGGAGGCAGUUUAGACCAUCCGGGGAGGAGGGGUUGACGCGAAGCCGUAGGCAAAGAGAGGAGAAUGUUCCCCCAAAACUGCCGCAUUCAACGGCUGCGACAUCUGAAGAAGAUCAGUUGGGGAUAACUCAACAUCGCACAGCUGCACCGGCAUUCUCCGUUGGAAUAACGACAGCAUUUGCCCAGCGGCAAUCGAGAUGGGAGGAGAGCGACAGCAGCAGCAGCAGAGGCAGGGCAUUCCGGGGGGCCGAAUUUGCUGCCGAUGACUCCGAAGGGUUUACAGAAGAAGAGGAGAAAACAUGCGCACUUGGCCAAUGCUCUUCUUCUGACUUUUUAGGAACAGCAGCAAGCUCGAAGACGGCAGGUGGAGCAGCGGGUCCGUCGAAUUACGACGACAGCAGUGAUUACAGCGGAGGGUUCUUGGGCUACGACAUUGAUGAAGAAGAAGACCUCCGUAGGGGGGUUCUCCAGCCCCAGCACUUCGCCUUUGACACAGGAGGAAGCGCGUUCCCGAAAUUAAUACAUGGAAUUCUUCCCGACCAAUCACAAGACAGUUUCAGGUUGAAUACAAGUCCUCAGGGAAGCCAGUUGUCAUCACGUCGGCUGAGUGAGCGGCCAUCUGCUCGAGAGGCGUCUACGACAGCUGGAGGAGGAUCAGCGAGUGACCAAUCACAAGACAGUUUCAGGUUGAAUACAAGUCCUCAGGGAAGCCAGUUGUCGUCACGUCGGCUGAGUGAGCGGCCAUCUGCUCGAGAGGCGUCUACGACAGCUGGAGGAGGAUCAGCGAGAAGGGAAGCGGCUGAAACGGGUGAGAAGAAGCCCUCAGAGGCAAAAGAUUCAAAACAGGAGGCGAAGGGUGGAGGGAAAAAACCGGACGAAGAGGAGGAUCCAUAUGAAGAAUAUCCUGACCACUGCGGAGAUUUGGCAACUUUCGUCGAAGGCCGCCAAGUUGUGGAAUGGGAUAUCCCGAUAUUUAAUGGAAUUGUUCAUGUGCUAGGGUCUUCCGUAUUGAGGCCCGAUAUCGAGGCUGUAGCCACGGAUAUUGCGUUCUGGCAAUGCACGCACCAGUUCUGCUUUGAGUGUCCUUUCUUGACCCCGUACCUACUCAAGUUCCUUGAUAACGUUGGAGAUUUGGCAACUUUCGUCGAAGGCCGCCAAGUUGUGGAAUGGGAUAUCCCGAUAUUUAAUGGAAUUGUUCAUGUGCUGGGGUCUUCCGUAUUGAGGCCCGAUAUCGAGGCCGUAGCCACGGAUAUUGCGUUUUGGCAGUGCACGCACCAGUUCUGCUUUGAGUGUCCUUUCUUGACCCCGUACCUACUCAAGUUCCUUGAUAACGUUGGAAUAAUUACAGGAAAAAGCCCCUUCGAGUUCAUGCCACCCCCGGGUGUUCGUCCAGAUUGGGUGUGCAGGGGGGCGUUUGACUACUACCCAGCGGGAUGGACGAAGCAGAGUUGGUUGAAGUACCUCGAGACGAUGCACUCGAGUGACAAAAGGAUUAUGAAGAAAAACGCAGAUCUCGUCGCCAGGGCAGCCCACGAACGCCAUCAGAUAGCUCUGCUGUACGAGAGUGUUCGUUUACAGUCAAUUGAGGCAAGAAGAAGAUAUGACCCACUGCGCCCCAUAGACGACCCGUUCUACGACCCGCAGUACAAAAACAUGAAGAAGUCAUUUGAUGAAAAGAAUUUCGAAUGCAAAGAUGAAGGAGGUUAUACGUAUUGCCGUAGCGGCAAUACGUGUAACCUCCAUCAUCUGACUGCUAUGGACUACGUGUCAGGAUCGAUCUACGUGCCAGGAUCGGUUGCUCUGAUGGGAAUUGUGCCGUACUACUUGUAA